CCAGCCACACAUAUUUGGGCGUGGCCCAACAAGAUGCAGAGCUGAAGCGAUGAGUUUGCCAAAAGAAGUGACAGCAACCGCCAUACCGGUAUGGCUGGCGCCUGGGGGCAGUGCAGCAGAUAAUGACCCCAGAACAAGUUUGCUAAAGGUUGAAGAAUCAGUUGGUGUGCCACCAGCCACCACAGGGAGAACUCUGUACACACUCAGUAAAGAAACUGUUAGGGCUGAAGUGAUGGACUCUGAAGCAGAUGAUGACCCCAGUAAGCGUUUGCUAGAGUGUGAAGAAUCAGUUGAUACAUUCACAACUCCUGGGCCUAGGGACAAGAAUCUGAACAAGUCUGUGAAUGAUGAGUCUGUGAGGUAUACAGUCUCUCAAUCGGGUGCUAAAGAUGGUGAAGUGAGGUUCCUGCCAGGUCAGGACAAUGAGUCAGAGAAUGAUGAGGGUGGUGACAAAGAGGCUCUUAUAUCCAGUCAGGAUGCUGAUACCAUGGUUACACAAGACUCUAGUAAGAAUACCAGCACUGUAGCAGGUGCCAGCUUCAACUUUAUCAACUCCAUCAUUGGAUCAGGCAUUAUAGGUAUACCGUCGGCUCUAAUGCAGUCAGGGUUUGCUGUGGGUAUCAUACUGCUGGUUGUCAUGGCAAUCAUCACAGACUACACUGUGAUUCUGCUCAUUAAGAAUGGACGCCUAGCCAAAAAAUACACCUAUCAGGACAUGGUGACCAAGGCUUUUGGUCGUCCUGGUUACGUACUCCUUACUCUGGUGCAACUUCUAUUCCCAUUCUUUGCUAUGACUGCCUACAUAGUCAUCGUCGGCGAUAGCUUUACAAGAAUUUUGACCAGAAUUUUUGAUGUGGCGGGCAGUGAGGUACCUGCAGUGUUUGCAGACCCGAAUGACAUCCUGAUCAAAGUGAUUGCUGUGCUGGUAAUCAUGACUCCCAUCUCUCUGCUUAGAAACAUCUCAAAACUAGAGAAGCUCUCAUUAUUUGCCAUCCUGUGUAUUGUCUUCAUCGUGUGUGUGACAGUGUACGAAGUGUUCCACCUCUACUGCCCAGUGCGUUGCUUUGAGCCCACCUGUUGUGACACACCCAUCACCUCAUGGAUUGGUAACAAGGACGUAACACAGACCAUUGGGAUUAUGGCUGGAGCUUUUGUAUGCCACCACAACACGUACCUGAUCUAUGGUUCCCUCAAGAAUCCAUCAUUAGCAGCCUUCAAGAAGGUGUCCCACAUCUCCGUCUCUGUCAGUUUCUUGUUCUGCUUUGUGCUCGGAUUUAGUGGCUUCUUCACCUUCCUUAACUUCACACAAGGUGAUCUCCUCAACAACUAUUGCAGUGGUGAUGAUGUUGCUAAUGCUGCUCGCUUUUUCUACAGUUGUGUGGUCAUCCUCACAUACCCCAUAGAGUGCUUCGUGGCACGAGAGGUGUUGGAGAUUGCCCUCUCUAAUCUCCCUCGCAUUCCAUUGUCCAGUAUAUCUCAUUCUCUCAUCAGAAAUUCACUGGUCAAGAUCUUGCAAGCUCUGCGACGUAAUUCUCUGACCAGACACAUUGUCAUUACUCUAGCUCUCAUUCUGAGCACCCUCGCUAUCGCCAUAACAACCAAUGACUUGGGUGUUGUCUUAGCCUUCAAUGGUUGCCUCACUGCUAUUCCCCUAGCCUUCAUCUUCCCCACUGCCUCCUUUCUGAAGCUUUCAACGGAUAAGUGGUAUUCUCGUAGCAAAAUAGUGGCUCUGGUCGUCAUGGUGAUAGGAGUGUUAGUCAUGAUCAUUGGGACCAUACAGGCCAUUAUUGCGGUGGUUGAGAGUUACUCUGACCCGACUGAAUUUGAUCCUGGCUAUUGUCUCAUGGCCACCAAUACAGCAGCUGACACUUGCUGUAGUCUGUACAACGCCACUGAGGGGUUCACUCUAAACUUUGACCUCUGUCAUUGCAAACAAUUAUGUACCAAUCAAACAAUUCUAGAACAGCUCUCGGAGGGUUAUUGUACUUAAUAAGUAC